UAGUCAGUCGAAAUCGCGAUGUCAAAGAAGCGUGUACGCAUCGAUCCGCGCUGUAUGUUUACAUUAUUUUACGGAAUAAUACGUUCAUGUAAAGUUAUUUUUAUGAGUGAAAAACACUGGCCACUUCUGGAUUUGAAAUCGGAACGUGUUCGUCGGUGCGCGGUUGUGCGGUUUUGAAAUUGGAAUCGUGAGCCCGCGGUUUUCUCUUUUCAAAUGAAAUGUUACGUUCCUUUUUACGUUACAUUCGUUAACUUCCAGUUUUAAGUGUCUCUCUGUGGUGUUUAACUGUGUUUUCAUUUGUUUGUUGUAUGUUGUGUUUGGAUGUUUCACAGCUGAAAGCUUCAAAUAUAUUUUUAACAAAGGCAAUAAUCGACGCAUGGGACCGCAACAAGAUGUCGGGCAUGACGGGAGCAAGUAUGUUGCGCACACGCAGGAAAGAUGUCAACGUCAAACCGAACCGCAAGUUGGAUCGCAAGUCCUCUCGGGGCAUGCUAUACGAAAACGAAGAGCUCCGGCUGCGCACUAUUAACAUAAAUGCUGAAGUAGAAAGGGGUCAGUCGGAUAUAAAGAAAUUAAAGCGGGAGAACGAACAGCUGAAGCGGGAGAUAUCGGCGCUUCGAUACGAGUAUGACAGGCUGGAUACUAUGCUGAGGGAACGACGGUCUUCGCCCGAACACUCGGACGACAGCGCGUCUGUGUGCAGCGCGUGUCCGGACUGCGCGAGCGCUGACGGCUGCACGCGCGCUGUCGCCUUCAACGACCUCAGCGUAGUGCCUGAGGAAGGGGAACAAGACCCAAUCAAGAGCGGCGGCGAAUCACCAUGCACAUGCGAAGAAUGUCAGGCAGAGGCGGCGGGACUCAGUGAUUACAAGUCACCAAUGACAAUGGCACAAACACAGAACAAUGCACAACAACCAAAUACAGCACACAAUGGAGUCGAACGCACUGUGGACGUAAUAGUACAUGAUACACCCGCUACUCCAAAGUUCUUUGAAUCGGUAACUUCACCGCCAUACCACGCUCCCGCACCUCCCCCAGGUUUCGUCGUGGCGCCCUACCAACCUCCCAGAUUCCACACAGGAGGUAACGUUGAAGACUUGCUCGGCGAUGUCCAAUCAACACCAUCGAUACAAACCACUUUCAUACAACAAAACUCUGUAUUUAUGUGUAACACCCAACGAAUAAUGCAGAGACAAUGUUGCUGUCAAAAUCACGAAUCUAAUCCGCCAGCACUUGUGCAAAAUACAAAAGAAUCCGAAGCACCGAGAUAUGUUACCGAAAAGAAUAUAGAACUCACUUAUGAUUAUCCGAAAUCGACGCCGAUUCCAAGCAGUCCAAGCCCAAGGUCCGGAGACGAUGGUCAGACAACUACGACUGAAGUAGCGAGCACCGUCGUCUUUGUAGAGAGACAGAUUCCGAUCAAACCGAAGAAGUUCGACUUCUUUUUUAGGUCUCGAUCGGCACCAGUCGGAGACAACGAAGAACCUAUUUACGCAACAGUAAAUAAACUGCCUAAAAGGUUAAGACGCAUGGAACUUGCUAAUCUAGAGAAAGAAGUAGCAUAUAGAACAGGAGAGCCCGAUUCAUCGACACGCACAGAAAUGACGCUAAAAACUGAUUCAGAAUCUCAUGUGCCACCACCUGAUGAUGAUACCAGUCGGUCUGAAAGGGAGAAAUCAACAGUACCUAAAAGACCAGAUUCUCCAAAAGCAAAAAAAAGAAAACGAUUCUCUUUAACGUUCAAAAAGAGGGAAAGGAAAAGACGGGAUAAAAAAAAGGAUGCUAAAAAUGGUACAGCGAAAAAUGGAGUGCCAGUGCAAGUUGAGAGUGACAACGAGAGAUUGAUCGAAGAAGUCCAGGAGUUGGGCAAGCACAAACACUGCAACCGUCAUCGACCGAGGAACACUAUGUCAUCUUCCAGUUCCGGCCCGCGUUACAAGCGGGAUAGUUAUCAGGAAAUGACAACAUCCCACUCGGAACACGAGCGCACAAACAGCGUGUGUUCAUCAAUGAACUCCUUGGGGUCUGCAUGCACCCACAAGUCCAGGAAGUUGUCAGCUCCAAUCAACGACGGCUCCAUACCCUGGUGCGGGUGCUGGGGCGCGGGCUGUGUGUGAACUGUUCUGGCACUGCACAAUGCUCAACCGAAAUUAGGAACAGAGUGGCUAGCGUGUGUUGUACAAAGAUUUAAGUAACGCAUACACUACUCGAUAAGUUUAUAUGGAAAAUCUGAGUUUUCGAAACCAUUCACCAUAGGUGUAACAUUUUCAAUAUAAAAGUAAUGAAUAAAAGUGAGGGCGAUAAAAUAAAUCUUCGUACAACUUACAUCACACUCUGAUUGGACAAGAAUACAGAAGCUUCGGAAUUCAGAGAUGGAUAAUAUCUAAUAUUUAUAUAUUGAGUUCUUUUAGACGUUGAUGUGCACCCAUUCAUUACGAACGGGUUCUCCUUUUAGACUUUAUAUAUUGGAUAACCGAUAGUUAUAUAUAUCUGUUAUUGGGCCAGUAUAUGUAUAAAUAUUGUAACUACAAUAUAUAAAUAUUGCCAGAUAUUACCCAGCUAUAAUGCAAAGUAUUGUAUCUUAUAGGUGCUUUUAAAAUGUCACGUAGCACGGCAAAAUGUCGUAUCACUUACCGUCAUGGUUAUAAUUAUGGAGGAUAGACGUAAAGAGAAAUAUCUCAUAUGAGGUAACAGUAGAAAUGUUAGCUGUAAAUAACAGUUUCAAGUCCCUCCAGAAUGGCGCUAGAGUAGUAACAGUAUAUACGAGGUUUGUCCGGAAAGUACGUAUAAAAGUUUUUUAAAAUUUUUAUUUUACAAUUAUUCAGGUAAAUCAAUUUUAUCCCCUUCAAAGUACUCCCCCUGUGACAUAAUGCACUUGUGCCAACGCCGUUUCCACUGUGAGAAGGCUCCUUGAAAGUCCUCUGGUUGUAGGUUUCUCAGCUGCCCCGUCGUAGCUUUUUUUAUCUCAUUUAUGUCCCCCAAAUGCCGCCCCCGAAGUACCAAUUUGGUUUUUGGGAACAAGAAGAAGUCACACGGGGCCAAAUCCGGCGAAUAGGGGGGUGUUCGGUCACCGUAAUGGAAUUUUUACUCAAAAACUCACGGACAACAAGAGAGGUGUGGGCAGGGGCAUUGUCGUGGUGAAGAAUCCAACGCCCCUCUCGCGCCAAUUCUGGACGAACUCGUGCCACACGAGCUUUGAGGCGUCUGAGCACAUCGACGUAGAAUUUUCCAUCAACUGUCUGGCCUGGAGGGACGAAUUCUUGAUGGACAAUCCCCCGAACAUCGAAAAAAACAAUCAACAUUGUCUUGACAUUUGAGCGGGAUUUUCUUGAUUUUUUUGUUCGUGGUUCCCCGGAUGUCUUCCACUCUUUGCUUU